GCCCCGCCGGGGUGCGCGGGGCCGCGCUCUGCCCCCGCUGUAGCCCCGGGCUCGGAGCGGCCGCGCCCCCGCGCUCCCUCCUUCUCUCUCGCUCGCCCGCCCCGCCGCCGCCGCCAGCCCCGGCUGCCCGGCGCGGAAGAUGCUGUGGCUCUGCCUGCUCGCCCUGCACGCUCUCCGGCUGGCCCGGGCCGCGCCGCUCUCGCCUGGGUCCUGCGCCUUUGAGGACAGCGCCUGCGGCUACGAGUGGGACUACGCGCAUCUGCCUUGGGCGCUGCACGGCGAAGGACAUUACAUUUCUGUGGACACAUCUUAUGAGGGUGAGAAGGCCGUGCUUGUCAGUCCUGACCUGUAUUCUGAAGAGUGGAGCUGCAUCAGACUGAUUUAUCAGAUAGCAACCACUGUGACUUCAUUGGAUCCUGCCAGGCUCAACCUGUACAUGAGGAAAGAAGGAGAGAGCUUUGAUAGUUUACUGUGGUCAGCCAAGGAGCCUUCAGAUAGUUGGCUCAUAGCCAGUUUAGAUUUAACAAACAGCACAAAGAAGUACAAGAUUGUACUGGAAGCUGAAAUGGGACAAGAUAAAUCUGCCAGUAUAGCAGUUUUUGAAAUUAAAAUAACUCCUGGAUAUUGUAUUGAAUGUGACUUUGAAGAAAAUCAUCUUUGUGGCUUUGUGAACCGCUGGAACCCCAAUGUGAAUUGGUUUGUUGGAGGAGGAAACAUUCGCAAUUCCCAGUCUAUCCUCCCCAAAGACCACACACUCAACAAUGAAUUGGGUCACUACAUGUAUGUAGACUCCAUUUACGUCAAACAUUUUCAGGAGGUGGCUCAGCUAAUCUCACCCAAGACUACAGCUCCGAUGUCUGGCUGCUUAUCCUUUUAUUACCAACUUAAGCAGGAGAGCAGCAUUGUUUUUACUCUUUACUUGAGAGAUAUGAGUGGCUUUUAUGAAGAGAUCUGGAAAACAGACAGUGCCUCGACUGGAGACUGGGCAUUAGCUGAAGUUGACUUCAGUGCACCAUACCCUAUGGAGGUAGUAUUUGAAGUUGCUUUCAAUAGUGCCAAGGGAGGUUAUGUUGCCCUCGAUGACAUUUCUUUCUCUCCAGUUUACUGCAGCAAUCAGACAGGAAUUAUCUUCAAUCCUGCUGAUGCAGGCUGCAAUUUUGAGGAAGAUCUGUGUAAUUUUUACCAGGAUCACAAGGAUGUCCCAGGAUGGAGCAGAGUGAAAGUGAAGCGCAAUGUGUAUAGAGCGGGAGAUCACACUACUGGGUUUGGUUAUUACUUGCUGGCAAACACAAAGUUUACAUCACAGCCUGGGUACAUUGGACGUCUGUAUGGCCCAACCCUGCCAGGAAACUUGCAGUUUUGUCUGCGUUUUUAUUACGCUUUGUAUGGCUUUUUCAAAAUGAGUGGCACCCUCGCUGUUUAUAUUUUUGAGGAGAAUCAUGUGGUUCAAGAGAAAAUCUGGUCUGUCUUGGAUUCCCCAAGGGGUGUUUGGACUCAAGCUGAAAUCUCCUUCAAAAAACCGAUGCCUUGCAAGGUUGUCUUUGUGAGUUGGUGUAAGAGCUUCUGGGACUGUGGACUUGUGGCACUGGAUGAUAUAUCAUUGAGCCUGGGAAGCUGUCAGGCUGUUGAUCUCUUGCCACCCUCUCCUGGUGAGUGUAAUUUUGAAAAAGAUGAGUGUGUGUUUACCCAGAAGAAGAGAGGUCGUGGGAGCUGGCAGAGAAGGAGGGGUCCAACUCCCACCUCCUACACUGGACCAAAAGGGGACCACACUACCGGGGUAGGAUACUACAUGUAUAUAGAGGCAUCCAACAUGGUCUAUGGACAGAGAGCAUACCUAAUUUCAAGAUCACUAAGAGGGACCUCUGGAAAACAAUGCUUGACAUUUUUCUAUCACAUGUAUGGAGCUGGGACCGGAUUAUUAAGUGUUUAUCUAAAAAGAGAAGGUGAUGAUGAAGAGAUUCCUUUGUGGAGGAGGACAGGGGAGCAAAGCAUCUCGUGGCUAAGGGCAGUGAUAGAAUAUGAAAGUGAUAGAAACUACCAGAUUAUUUUUGAAGCAAUCCGUGGGGUGUCGAUGAGAAGUGACACAGCUAUUGAUGAUAUUCUGUUCCAAGCAGGACCCUGUUUAGAAGUGGAAGAAAUUCAAUUUUCAUCAGGCUAUCCAGACAGCUUAAAUGAAAUUGAGUAUUAAAUACAGUCUGCUGGAAGAAGCGGAAUGCAUAGAAAGCUUUCAUGUGAGAAACUGCACAGCGGCCUGUAUUAAAAUGUGCUUUAAGUGAAGACUGGACUCAUUUGGAUAAUCACCCAAGCGUAGGAGAAACUCAGAGCACUCGUGUUCCUCGCCUUUGCAAUGAAAUUAUUGACUCAGGGCUUCUUAGACUGUUUUUUAAUUUUAAUUUUUUUCUCUUUUGCAUGAGGUUAUCAAUUACUAUAUAGAGGCUUCCCAUUUUGCACAGAUCAUUCAACACAGUAUUUUAGUGCUUUUUUUUUUUUUUUUUUUUUGUGUGUGUGUGUG